AUGACUCAGGAAGACGCGCCGGCGCCCGUGAACUUCUGGGGCGAGCACCCGGCGACGGAGGCGGAGUACUACGCGGCCCAGGGCGCGGAGGGCGAGUCGUCCUACUUCACCACGCCGGACGACGCGGGCGCGCGCCGCCUCUUCACGCGCUCGUGGCGCCCGGUUGCUGGUGGGGGCGCCGGCGCGCGGCCGAGGGCGCUCGUGUUCAUGGUCCACGGCUAUGGCAACGACAUCAGCUGGACGUUCCAGGCCACGGCCGUCUUCCUGGCCCGCUCCGGCUUCGCCUGCUUCGCCGCCGACCUCCCCGGCCACGGCCGCUCCCACGGCUUGCAGGCCUUCGUCCCGGAUCUCGAGGUCGCCGUCGCCGACCUCCUCGCCUUCUUCCGGUCCGUCCGGCGGCGCGAGGAGCACGCCGGGCUGCCGUGCUUCCUGUUCGGGGAGUCAAUGGGCGGGGCCAUCUGCCUGCUGAUCCACCUCCGCACGCCGCCGGGGGAGUGGGCGGGGGCCGUGCUGGUGGCGCCCAUGUGCAAGAUCUCCGACCGGAUCCGGCCGCGCUGGCCGGUGCCGGAGAUCCUCACCCUCGUGUCGCGGUUCGCGCCUACUCUCCCCAUCGUGCCCACGGCCGACCUCAUCGAGAAGUCCGUCAAGGUGCCCGCCAAGCGCCUGAUCGCCGCGCGCAACCCCAUGCGCUACAACGGCCGGCCCAGGCUCGGCACCGUCAUGGAGCUGCUGCGCGCCACCGACGAGCUCGGCGCGCGCCUCGGCGAGGUCACCGUCCCGUUCCUCGUCGUGCACGGCAGCGCCGACGAGGUGACCGACCCCGCCGUCAGCCGCGCGUUGUACGAGGCCGCGGCCAGCGAGGACAAGACCAUCAAGAUGUACGACGGGAUGCUCCACUCCAUGCUCUUCGGCGAGCCGGAGGAGAACAUCGAGCGCGUCCGGGACGACAUCCUCGCCUGGCUCAGCGAGAGAUGCACGCCGACAGCAACUUCCUGA